CACUCUUCCUUUCUCUUUCUCCCCUUUAGAGGUGAAGGUGCAACAGUUAUCGGUCGUCCCGAAGCCGGGUUCAUCCGACACCCUCACCAACCAAGCUGAACUGAGCUCAACCUCCACAGCAGCAAAAUGCCGCCCAAAUUCGACCCCAACGAGAUUAAAAUUGUGUACAUGAGGUGCACAGGAGGAGAAGUCGGAGCCACCUCAGCCCUGGCCCCCAAAAUCGGACCUCUGGGUCUGUCUCCCAAGAAAGUGGGUGACGACAUCGCCAAGGCCACCGGUGACUGGAAGGGCCUGAGGAUCACCGUGAAGCUGACCAUCCAGAACAGGCAGGCAGCGAUCGAGGUGGUUCCCUCUGCGUCGGCUCUGAUCAUCAAAGCCCUGAAGGAGCCUCCUCGUGACAGGAAGAAGGUCAAGAACAUUAAGCACAGCGGCAGCGUGACCUUCGAUGAGAUCGUGGGCAUCGCUCGCGUCAUGAGGCCUCGCUCCAUCGCCCGGGAGCUCUCCGGAACCAUCAAGGAGAUCCUGGGAACCGCUCAGUCUGUGGGAUGCACCAUCGAUGGCCGCCAUCCCCAUGAUGUCAUCGAUGACAUCAACAGCGGCAAAGUUGAGUGCCCAUCUGAGUGAACAGGACACUGUUCUAAAAAAAUAAAGGUUUAAAAAAAAAAAAAAAGGACUUGGACCAUUUUUCCUUCUUCUCCCAGUUUAAAUAAAAAGAUGUCGGCAGCGUUUCAGCGUCUGUGAUGGAAGGUCGGGUUUUCAGCACCUUUGAGCCAAAGUCGAGAUGAAUAUGUAGAGUUUAAAUUUUAGUAUUUAUCCUUUAUUGAUCGAGUGACGUUAACACGGGGAGUUUUGCUGUAUCCGAAAUACAAAAAGGUUGGAAAGGGAAACUCGGAAUUCCGAGCUUCCUGCCAGUGCCUGUGGUCUCGCAGGGUUGGUGAUCCGUGCAGAGAAACACUCUGCAGUAACGAGGACACUUCCAGAACAAACCGCUUUAAACUCCUGUCAAUGUCUGUCUGGAUAAGUGAGGCUGUCAGCUGAGCGUCUGUGGCUCAGUUUGAACAUCGAAGUACUUUUAAUAAAAACAAAAACCUGCAUGUUACAGAUUUAAAGCA